AUGCCUCCGCGCCGCCAGCUCCCAUGGGCAACCAAGGGUGGCGGCAGUAAAAGCAAUAGGAAGCAGCCGCCAGCAAAGCGGCCUGUCCCAUCCGAUAUCGACGAUGACUUCUUCGACGGUACUAUCUUGGAAAGCUCUCGAAAAGGCAAAGAACGAGCAAAUGUUGAAGACUCAGACGUUGAACUUCCGGAUGUUUCCUCCUCUAGGUUUGCGCCCACGACGCGCAAACAGAGAGAGUCGAGUCGUGAUGCCCGCUUACCCUCAUCUUCUCCCCCUCCCAUCGCUGCAGACCUUCCGCCACCAGAGACGGAGUACAUGCUCACGGGUGUCGAUAAGUUCGACCUCCGCGACGACGAAUGGAUGAUGGUAGAAGACGAAUUGUUGCAAACAGUUAAGCUGUUCACACAGCACCUUCACCUCGCGGAGUACGAGACAUUGAAAACAAAGAUAGGAGCACGGAGGAAAGAGGCUGCUGCGAGGCCCGUUGUUGCUAAUGCAAAACCGUCGACGGAGGGGCACUUCAAGCGCAAGGCACAAGAGCAGACCAAGAAGCAGAAGAAGGCACUCAGGGAGGUGAUCUCGACACAUGACAGUAGUAACGAAGGCGACGAGGAUCCACAACGAGUGGUUCCAAACAGAUCGACUCCGUCUUUCUCAUCACCAAGGCCCUCGAGCACAACCAGAGCACUGGGCAUAUCCAAACCGUUGCAAACAAUCAGAGGUGUCCCUCACGAGAAUGCAUCUGACAGCGAUGACCUAGACGCGCUAAUGACGAAACCUUCCGCCCCCCCACCUAAAGCCUCAGCAGACAAAGGUCCGGUUAAGGAGCAGGACGUCUUCGUCAAGCCAGCGAUACCGUCGAAGACGCCGAACAAACCAGCACAUGGGCAGCGCCGAAAUCUCUGGGACGAUUGGGAUGAGCUAGCCACUAAUCCGAAAACAUCGAUCUCGGCGCCUUCUCCCUUGAGGACCCCAGAUCGAGCUUCAUCGUUCACGAAGACGAUUGGGCGGUCUGCAAUUCAGCAAUCACCAUCACGGACUGAUUCCUUACACACACCAAGCACGAAACCAACGGACCAUGGAACGUCGAUUCCAUCGAAGCGUCUGAAGUCGACAAUGGACGAAGACGACCUCAACAAACAUGAACGUAACACACUGGCCAAGGACAUACCGGAUCGAGCAACUAAUCGAGAGGCGCGGAAGGACCGCGACGACAAGAAGAAGCAGAAAUACGACGAUAUACCGACCUUCCUGUUUUGA